ACGGGGGAACGUACCCCCGUGUUUACGGUUUGGGGGAGGGGGUGUGAUGAAGAGUGCGAUCUGUCAGUGUAUUUAUUUACAUUCAAAAAUUUCCCCUCCGUUCAAGACCCAUGCCAGCAGAUAAAAUGGUUCCAGAAUUAGCAGAUGACUAUGCUGCAUUCCUUAAGUUUGACUUGACUAAAGAGCUUAGUGCAGCGACAGAAUCAGUGGAGGAUAUGUUGACAAGAUUAGAAGAAUUUCAAAGUCUUAUUCACAUGGUUGAAGCUGAUGGGUUUGAAGGCGUGAACUCUUUGUCAACCGAGAUCCUUGGUCGCAAAGGCGAAUUAAAGCAGUUAGGUGAUCGCAUCGAUGGAUUGGAGCAUCUAGUCCAUCGGGUCAAGCAUGAUGUUGACAAAGUUGAAUCGCUUCUAAACACAGCUGAAGCAGAGGCUAACUCAGCAGAUGGUGCACCAAUUUUGAAAGCCCUUGGCUCUCUUUUCACAAAGAAACCUGUCGUGGAUUUGGCAGGCACAUCAAGAACAGCUCCUUCCACACCAUUCUCCCCUCCUGAAAUAUUCCAAGCCGACAAAGUAUUUUCCUCACCAAAUGAUGCAGAAUCGUCAUCUGAACAGUCCAAAUGAUAUUAUAGUAACAAAUUCUUGUUAACUUCUAACAGAAAGUCUAUGUUAUGUCUGUUUUGGAUUAUUCAUGUUAUAAAAAAUAUAGUUUGAUAAAAUAAAAUUUUUGAACAGGU